AUGUGGCAAAUUAUUCUCAUAAUUCCUCCAAUAGUGGCUAUCCCACUUGUCGACCUACAGCGACACCAUUUAGUACUUUUAGCGACGCAAGUUUUCCAGGACGAUAUUUUCAGAUUAAAUCUGUCGCCAAAUCUGUCGCUAAAUCAUUAAUUAGAAAAGACACUAUGCGAUCAAAAUGGUAAGUUGACUACUACUAAUAAGAUAAGUAAACUCUCAAUAUAAAACUCGGAAUUUGAUUACUUAAACAUAACUAAACAAUUAACAUUAAUUUCUAUAAAUUCAUAAUAUAAUAUUUUUAAAACCAAUGAUGAUCUUCUUAUUUAACAAAUUCUGAUAAGCAUGGCAUCCUUACAAGCUGAAACAGAGGCAAAAACAAAGCAAAUUAAAUUGUUUUGUCUGAUGGGUAUAUUGUUCAGUCUUUUGUUUUUAUGUGUUUGGCUAGUUUGGUUGGGUAAAGGCUCGGUUUUUGAGUCGACACAGAGUGUACAAGGUAACGUUUUCAUCGAUGGAACAGCUUCAGUCGGAACAACUGACGAGGAUUUUAUUUGUGCUACUUUAGAUUGGUGGCCUCCUGAUAAAUGUGAUUAUGGAACUUGUAGUUGGGGCACAGCUUCUUUUCUUAAUCUUGAUCUUGGGAACCCGAUAUUGCUAAAUGCCAUAAAAGCUUUCUCGCCGCUGAAAAUUAGAAUGGGAGGGACUUUACAAGAUAAGGUGAUAUAUGAGAUUAAAGGCGAACCUUGUACUCCGUUUAUCAAGAAUAGUUCAGAGAUGUUUGGUUUCUCGCAAGGUUGCUUGCCUAUGUCUCGAUGGGACGAGUUGAACAAUUUUUUCAACAAAGCUGGAGCUACUGUUAUUUUUGGGUUAAAUGCAUUAAAAGGCAGAACUAUAGCUUCUGAUGGUUCUGCUUUUGGAGCUUGGGACUCAAGUAAUGCUGUAUCCCUUAUGCAAUACACCGUCAAUAUGGGGUAUAAAAUUUACGGCUGGGAGCUAGGAAAUGAAUUAAGUGGCAACGGAGUUGGAACUAGAAUUGCGGCAGACCAAUAUGCAUUAGAUAUAAUCACUUUUCAGAACAUAGUCGAAAACAUUUACAAAGGUUUCAAAAAUAAGCCAUUGAUAAUUGCACCGGGAGGUUUCUUUGAUGCAAAAUGGUUCACAGAAUUCAUAGACAAGGCGCCUAAAUCUCUUCAAGCAGUCACUCAGCACAUUUAUAAUCUCGGUCCAGGUGUCGAUAAUCACCUGGUUAACAAGAUAUUAGAUCCUUCCUACCUCGACAUUGGCUCCGGGACAUUUAGCAGCCUUCAAGAAGUUUUGAAGAGUUCAGGGACGCAAGCCGUUGCCUGGGUAGGCGAGGCAGGAGGGGCUUACAACAGCGGCCGUAAUCUUGUUACAAAUGCAUUUGUAUUUAGUUUCUGGUAUUUAGACCAGCUAGGAAUGGCGUCGACUUUCAACACGAAAACAUACUGUAGACAGACAUUGAUAGGUGGAAACUAUGGCCUACUUAACACCGAUACUUUUCUCCCAAAUCCUGACUACUAUAGUGCUCUUCUAUGGCACCGUUUGAUGGGAACAAAUUCACUGUCGACAAGUUUCACAGGAACAAAUAAAAUGCGUGCUUACGCUCACUGCUCGAAAGCAACUCAAGGAAUUACAAUUCUCUUAAUCAACCUAGACGCUAGCACUACAGUUCAAGUUCACACAUCAACCGAACAUGUCGGCGGAAAUGCCAACUGGACAAUGCAAGAAUACCAAAGCCGGAGGGAAAAAUUUGCUAGAAUGUCUAGGGGCUCUAGUUAUAAACUUAAUGAAAACACAAAGGAAGAGUAUCAUUUAACAGCAAGGAAUGGCGACUUACAUAGCCAAACAGUGCUUCUAAAUGGGAAAGCACUUGCUGUAACUUCAUCCGGAGAUAUCCCGUCCUUGGAGCCGAUAAAAACUAGCCUCUCCGAUCCGAUAGAUGUGACUCCUUUCUCUAUUGUAUUUGUGCAGAUUGCUAAUAUAACAGUUCCUGCAUGUGCAUAAGUCGGUAAAUAAAAAAAUGAGUAACUUCUGCUUCUUCAUGUGUAAACAUGGUGUCAGCCGCAGACCUGUUCUAAGACACGCCCAUGUUCACCCAAAAAAAUGUGCUCUUGCAAACGAAAUACAAUAAAUAUACAGUUUCUUAUUCCAA